AGGUAAACCCCGUUCAUGCGGAGGGAGGCGGGACUUCCCGCGGUUGCUAUGCAACGGGUCUAUAUGGCAGUGAUGCGCGCGGAGGAAAGUGUGAGGCGGUUUGAAAGAGGAAACAAAAACACAUUUAUAUAUAAAUAUAUAAAUCUGUGGCAUAAACUCACUCUUACUGAACGCAUUAAACAAAGAAUUUGUCUUUUCACCGGUUUGUUGUGUUCAAUUGAGAGGAAUGGAGAGUUAUGAAGAGUUCUGUAGCAGGACACUGAAGACAUUUUUGAUGUUUCCUGACUGCAGUACCGCACCACAGCAGCAGAGGGCGCACGUGUCCAACAUUCACUUUCAUGGCAGGAGACUGUUAGAGCCUGUGUUGAGUGAGGAGCUACGUGCUCAGAUGGCAGAAGAGAGACAGACAGCUAUACAGAGAGACAGAAAGAGACAGACACGACAAACAGACGCUCUGCUGGAGCGUGUGCAGGACAUCAUUAACAACAUCCACUUACGAAAUGUUCAAUACGAAUCAGUCGGGGCAGUGCCACAUACAGCUGAACUUUCUCCAACUCUCCAGUCCAAAAUGAGUCCAGAUGUCUACAUCAGACCCAGUUCAACCCCGGUCCAGAACCAGACCUUAAGAACCAGCAGUUCACUGAAGAAAGAGACUCUCAGACUGCUCAACCAGCGGAUGGAGAGAGAGAAGAACCACGAUGAUGAGUCCAGUGACCGCUUAUACUCAGGAUCACCAGAUUCUGUCCUCAGUGGUCUCUCUCUUAGUCUGACGGGCUCAUACGUUCAGUUGCCCAGCCCUCAGCCCAGCCGCAGUCCUCUUACACAGAGAACGAGGAGACCGCACAUUCUCAUCUCCUGUCCCGUCAGUGAGUCUGAACUCGGUCCAAACGGAUCUGAAUAUAAAAAUCAUCCAUCAGGGAGAGCAGAGCAGUCGGUGUUUAUUGAACCUGGUGCCCAAUGGGACUACAGCUGUUCAGAGUCGAGUGAUAGACAGCUGUCAAUCACAACCUCCACCCCCAGCACUACCAGUAACCACAAAGAAAUCCAGUCCAGUUUAACCCGGUCACAAGAUAAACCAGCUCGUCGUUCACCUCCUGCUCCUCUGAAUCAAUCCUAUGAUGUGGAGAGCCCAUCACCCUUUCUGAUUAGGCCACAGGUGCGGUCCACACCCUCAUCAUGCUCAGGUGGGCACGGUUCAGACCUGGAUGGAUUCUCACAAUGCCCACUGGAGGAUCGGAUGAAUAUUAAACAGCCCUGUACAGCUGAAACUCAGCAAAGUAAGACUGAAGCAGACGAGCAGGAGAUUGAGGCGUUACAUGAGCGUUUGAAGAAAGAAGACAGCCAGCAGAUCUCUGAUAACCUCACAGCACAGAAGAAAGAGACACUAAAGCACCAGCAGGAGGUCCAGAGAAGAUGUGAUGUGACCUCAUCAGUGCUCAGUGUCAGCUGGACUCAAACUGCAGAGUUAAAGACACAACACAACUUAAACACUCUGGUGUCUGAGGAGCACAUGAAGGGUUUCUGUCGUUUUAACGCUCUGGCUCGAGGUUUCUUAACACGCAGACUCCUGCAAACGGACAAAAUCAAACACCUGCGCAAAACUGUACAGGAUACCAGAGAGUUCAUCCAGUCAUUCCAGAAUGAUCCACAACUGAAGAGAGUCUCCAUCUCUUAUCAGGAUCUGUCUCUACAACACAGAGUCACAGCACAGCUGCGAGCUGCAUUGCAUGACAUCCAUCAGAUCUUCUUUGUGUGGCCUAUGAAACACAGACUUCAGCUGCUGCAGAAAGACAGAGAGAUUCACACAGAGAGAACAAUCAGAGAAAUGGAGAAAGUCAAGAGUUCAGGAAUCAGACAGAUUCUCUCUUCAGCCACUCAGAAGAGCCUAGAAAGAAAUAAACACAGGCAAACAAAAAGGACAAAGAUGAUGGCUAAGACUUCAUCAGGAUCCAGGGUUCUGCGGUCCAGUCUCGGUCAGAACGGCGUCAGACAGCUGAGUGUUGUGAAACAGAAAGAGGAGUGUAUGGAGGUGAAACAGCCGGUCGUCCACAGGAAGUGUCUGUCAUUGAGAUAACACAACACAAACACAUUACAGAUAACAGAGAUCUUGAGUUAUGUCAUAUUUCAUUACUAGACAAUUAUCUACACAAUAAACUUCUUACUGUUGUUC